UCAAAAUGAAAUCAAUUAUUCUAAUAUUAACCACAAUAUUUUUUAUUUGCGGCGGAGCCCAUCGCGGUAGAAUUAUCGGCGGAGAAAAUGCUGCAAUCGAAGAUUACCCAUAUCAAGUUUCAAUUCAAUAUAAUGAUGGUUUUCAUUUUUGUGGAGGAUCUAUUUAUAAACCUAAUGUUAUUAUAACGGCGGCUCAUUGCGUUUUUGGAUUAGAAGCUGAAAAAAUACAUAUUCGAGCUGGUUCUAACAACAGAAAUAGUGGAGGAGUAAUUGUUACUGUCAAAGAAAUUAUACCAUCAGAGAAUUGGAAUUCACAAACUAUUGAUAAUGACAUUGCUAUUCUUAUUUUAACUGAAAAUCUUCAGUAUUCAGAUAAGAUUCAACCAAUCGAAAUAGCUAAGCAAGAACCGCAACCAGGAAAAUUAGCUUAUAGCGUUGGGUGGGGUUUAACUGAAGAAAAUGGUAAAGAAUCACCUGUAAUAUUACAAGCAAUUUCAAUUCCAAUAUGGGAAAGAAACGACUGUAAUAAAUUAGUAAAAGCGAGAUUGACAGAAAAUAUGAUGUGUGCUGGUGUCAAACAAGCUGGAAAAAGUUCAUGUCGCAUGGAUUCAGGUGGUGGUUUGGCAGUUGAUGGUAAAUUAGUAGGUGUAGUUUCCUGGGGUGAAGGUUGUGGAAAAUAUAAUUCACCAUCAGUUUUUGCCAAUGUUCCGAAAUAUAUCAGUUGGAUUCAAUCAAAAUUAAAUUAAAAUUGUGAUAUUUUAAUUCCAGUUUUAACAAUCAAAAAUACAUUUUAAAUAUUUAAGAAAACUUUUUUAUUCUUUUAUAAGAUAACGAAAUAAAGGUAAGUUUUGCUUACUUGACAAUUUGACCCAUA